AUGCCCCAGAACGAGUACAUUGAACAACAUAUCAAGCAGCAUGGUCGCAGGCUCGACUAUGAGGAAAGAAAGCGGAAGCGGGAGGCAAGAGAAUCUCACAAAGUUGCGGAGAGAGCUCAGAAAUUAACUGGAUGGAAAGGUAAGCAAUUCGCUAAGAAAAGGUAUGCAGAAAAGGUGGCGAUGCGUAAGAAGAUCAAGGCCCAUGAGCAGUCGAAAUUGAAGGGACCUUCGAAGCCCGCAGCGGACUCUGGUGAGGCGUUGCCCACGUAUUUGCUGGAUAGAGAAGAGACGAACACCGCCAAAGCGAUUUCGUCGUCGAUUAAACAAAAACGGAUGGAAAAGGCUGACAAGUUUUCUGUGCCUUUACCCAAAGUGCGUGGUAUCAGUGAAGAAGAGAUGUUCAAAGUUGUCAAGACCGGUAAGUCCAAGUCUAAGAGCUGGAAACGUAUGAUUACGAAACACACGUUUGUGGGUGACGGAUUCACCAGGAGACCUGUGAAGACGGAACGGAUCAUUCGUCCGUCGGCACUGCGUCAGAAAAAAGCCAACGUGACUCAUCCAGAACUCGGUGUCACUGUUUUUCUACCGAUUCUGGGUGUGAAGAAGAAUCCGCAAUCGCCUAUGUACACACAGCUGGGUGUCUUGACCAAAGGUACCAUUAUCGAAGUCAACGUGUCCGAAUUGGGGAUGGUUACUUCGGGCGGUAAAGUCGUGUGGGGUAAGUAUGCCCAAAUCACGAACGAACCUGACAGAGAUGGUUGCGUGAAUGCGGUGCUUUUGGUGUAG